AUGUCGUCCUCCUCCUUGUCCAAGGCCAGAUUCGAGGGUAAAGGAGGCGGAGCCGGGAGAUCCAUAUCGCUGGCCGCCUCCAGGGCCAAGCUCGCCGCAGCCACCAAGAAAGCUACUACUACUAGUACAGCCGGAGGCGGGCGGGGCAAGGGCAAGGCGGCCAAGAAGGUCUUCUCCCUCACCGGCCAGAAGUUCGAAACACCAGAGGAGAGGGAGCCCCUGAGGAUCUUCUAUCAAUCGCUCUCCAACCAGAUCCCAUCCAGCGACAUGGCCGAAUUCUGGCUAAUGGAGCACGGCCUGUUAUCUCCGGAGAGAGCCAAGAAAGCCUACGACAGGAAGCUCAAACGGCAGCAGCAGAUCAAAUCAGGGAUCCCCAUCAAGUCGUCAAAUUCCACCACUGUCAACAAGCACAAUAACAACAAUAAACCUGCAGAGAGCUGGAAGAAACCUGUACCAGUGGUUUCUUCUUCUUCCACAGCGCGUCACAACACAGAUCAUUCCGCCGGCAAGGCCAAGAGAAGAGUCGAGUACAGCAGCGACGACGACGACGACGACAAAGAAUUCAUUGUCAAGCUCAAGAGACCCAAUUUCAACUCCAACUCCAAUUCCACUUCCAGGGGUGGCUGA